CCGGGGGGGUUCCCUGCCCGCCCCCGCGCGCGUGCGCGGGCGCGAGGCGGCCGCGCGCGCCGAAGGCAACAGGCGGGCCCGGCGCAUGCGAUGGCCGAGCCAGUCGUCUUCCACGUCAUCGGCGGGAAGGGCAGCGGCGCCGCCAGCGAAGCGCCGAAGAAGCUGGAGGUCAAGCCCGGUGGCGAGAACGUCAAGGUCGGCCGCGCGUCCAAGAACGAGCUCGUCUUCAGGCAUCCCGGCAUCUCCUGGAACCACGUAGAGCUGAGGCUGACGCCCGGCGAUGGCCGUGGGCUCGGUCGCCGAUCGCGCGCAUGCUCCCCCUCCUCCCUCCUCCCUCCUCGCUCCGUCCUCCUCGCUCCUCGCUCCUCGCUCCGCCCUCCUUCCUUCUCCCUCCUCGCUUCUUUUGCUCCUUUCCUCGCCUCCAGCUGCUGCUGCUCUCCUCCCCCGCUCCUUUCUCGUCGGCUGGC